AUGGCGACUGGUGGGGUCGGUGCAGUGAGCAGCAAUCACUUGACAAUGGAAACAGACGUUUCUCGACAAAACGGCGUCCAAGAGAAGACAGAAUCGAAAUGGGUUCGGCUGAAUGUAGGAGGAACAUAUUUCUUGACAACUAGGACGACACUAUGUAGAGAUCCCAAGUCAUUUCUAUGCAGAUUAUGUCAAGAUGAUCCAGUCCCGGACCUAAGUUCGGACACGGAUGACACCGGUGCCUAUCUUAUCGACCGUGACCCGACCUACUUUGGGCCAGUUUUAAAUUACCUGAGGCAUGGCAAGCUGGUAUUAAACAAGGACCUAUCAGAGGAAGGUGUUUUAGAAGAAGCAGAGUUCUAUAACAUUACAUCAUUAAUAAAGACAGUCAAAGAGAGAAUACGAGAUAGGGAUACACGAACAGCACAGGGUUCUUUAAAGCAUGUGUAUAGAGUAUUACAGUGCCAAGAAGAGGAAUUAACGCAAAUGGUCUCCACAAUGUCAGAUGGAUGGAGAUUUGAACAGCUGGUAAACAUUGGUUCAUCUUAUAACUAUAGCAAUGAGGACCAGUGUGAGUUCUUGUGUGUGGUAUCUAAGGAACUAAACAACACAGACGGGAUUCCCACGGUAGAACCAACAGACAAAGCAAAGAUCUUACAAGAACGGGCUUUCCGGUUGAGAGAUCAUAGGUCAUAGAGCUAAGGGACCAACCACUUCAUUUUAUCUCUUCAAGUAAAUCCUGAGACGAUGUCGGAAAUUUCUUGUUGGGAAGUUUCUCAUCUCUGGACCUCUACAGUUUCUUAGUUUGUCAACACUAAGGUAUCAUCAAGCUUGCCGACUAGUCUCAACUCAAGUCAGUCAUCGCAGUUUCUUUGCUUAUUAUAGCACCAGAGUUUUGCCAGGAUAGGUUAUCAGUCAACUAGUCUCGCCUCAAGCCAGUCAUCCCAGUUUCUUCGCACACAGCUCUAUGGUAGGUGUCACCAGGCCAGCCUAUCUGUCAACUAGUCUCACUUCAAGCCAGUUAUUACAAUUUCUUUGCACACAGCUCUAGGAUGGGUGUCACUAGGCCAACCCAUCUGUUCACUAGUCUUGUCUUAGGCCAGUCACAGCUCUGGGGUGGGUGUCACCAGGCCAGCCUACAUGUAUCUGUCAACUAGUCUCACCUCAAUCCGUCAUUGCGGUUUAUUUGUUCUCCAGCAACAGAGUUUUAUCAGGCUUGCUCCUCAGCCAAGUAGUCUCCCCAUCAAGCCGUUUUUCUUUCACAUACCUUAGGUUUUCUAUGAUCUUUGAAUGUUUUUUAUUUCUUCAUUAUGCAGCUGUUAAGUGGGAACAUUUCCUUGCCUUGAGUCGGUGAAAUGUUUCUAUAGUAUAAACAAAAUGUAUGUUUUACUCAGUCACUUGUGAGCCACUUGGUGGCAGUGUUCGUAGCAUGUAAGGCACAGAGGACCACAGCCAAAUCCCAUGCUUUUGUGUGAGCAGUUUUGAUGGUUACCUUCAAAAUAUUACCAUGCACUGGAUGUGGCAAAUUCCGACAGAUCAGGCAACUUGUUACUGUGGCUAAGAUUUGAAAACUUGUUCAUUCCAAUAUUUCAGUCUAGAUACAUUGUGUACCUCUCAAGGAAAAUAUAAUGUUUGUCUUCUGAUUUUGAUAGCGUUUCUCAGCUUAAUAAUCAUGAAAAAAAUGCAAAAGUUAUGAUCAAAUUUGACUUCUGCGUAUGUAUCUGACGUCUGAAUCUCAGGAAAUCUACCUUGCCCUUCUGGGUUAAUGCAACCCACACCUUACAAAUUGGGUUUAUUAUCUGUUUACAGCCCAAGCGACCCUUCUGAGAUGACCUCAUUUUUGUAUUGCUGCCCAUGCAGGGGUUCUUACACGCUGCACACUAACUUUAUAAGAACCUGCUCGGACAUUUGCUGCAAAACACAAAACCCAAUUUAUAACUUGUUCAUCCCAUCGAUAUUGAUGCUACCCAAUUAUGGGUGUGAAUGAUCCUUACAUGUACAGUAGUUGUUCUCUCUAGGUCAUUAUUACCAAAGCUGUCCAAAUUUGGAUAUAGACCGUAUUGAAUAACCCCCCUUUUGCUAUGAAAGUCGCUGUAUUGUAGGGCAACCAUAUGCGCACCCAUAUGCGUACAUCAAUGAAGCACGCAGCAUUCCUGAAUUGAUUUAUACAGAACAUGCACCCAUACACACACACACACACACGGGCGCGCAAAGACGCCAUGUUGAAGGGCAGAUAUUUGAACGGCGACGCCAUAUUCAUUACGGUCUAUUGAAGUGCCGUGUUAUCAUUAACAAUAUCCCAGUUGGGUAUACUUGUACCCAUAUUAGAACCCACAAUGCCAAUUAAGGGUGGUACCGGGUAUCUGUUGUCCCUAAUCUGAAACCCCACAAUGACAUCGGCAUCAAUUUAUUGUACAGAUAGUUCAACUACCGUACAGUGUGUGUAACUUAGUUUCAAAUGUUCACAGUACCAACAAGCAUCAAGAACAAAUUCAAACCCACCGAACACUUGUUUCGGUGUUUUGGUACAUUUCCCGUGACUAUCGAGAUGCUUAAACAGAAAUGAUUGCUUAACAAAUUUCUGUUUACGCAAAAAUUAGUGGGACACUAGUUAUAGAUGGUGUGACAUGAUGGUUUGGCUGGUAACAAUCUUGUUAGGCUAAUUUAUUGUGCUGAGCUAGUUUUUUUUGUGCUUAAAGCAAGUCUGUGACAGGCGGCCCAGACCACGAUUUGAAAAAGGCACCCAACUAUUUCAGACAGCCUAUGUUUGGUUUCAGUCGGGCCGUAUCCGAAUUGGCACCUACAGCAAUGGCUGUUGCUAAGAGUGCUGCUAAGGACGCCCAUGACGACGCAGAAGUCUUGCCGCUAGCUGUAGCCCGAGCUGUAGCUCCUAAUUUGGACAUGGCCUAUGUCAGUGUGCAUCCGCUCGGUAAAAGUUCAGACGGUGUGAGGUCGUUUCUUAUGUCUGAUUUUGGCUGUCAUUAUGCAAUGGGUUAUUUGUACGUCAUUUGUUUGCACAGCACUAAUAUGCUACAUACAAGGUGAAGUCAUGAACCCAAUUUCAUAUAGCCUUUUGUCAUGGCCUUUGUAGAGCCGGGGUUCCAAGCGACUGGAACGGGAGACCACACACGCAAGUGGCGAAGCCACGAGUGCCAUUUCCAACUUGUUUUAUGGUGUUGUUGAUGAAUUAUUCAUAGGGUGAAUGAAUGUAUGCUGACCCGCUGACCCCAGUCGCUUCUGAUUGGUUUGGACUUUUGCUACCCUUUUGGUAGCAUAAGUCGAGAUAAGAAACCGCAAACAAGUUGGAAAAGGCCCUCGUGGCUUUGCCACUCGCGUGUGUGGUCUCCCGUUCCAGUCGCUUGGGACCGCGGCUCUACGAAGCUGUCCAAGCCACGAAGGCCUUGACAAAAGAUUAAAUUUCAUAGAGCUACUUAUGCACAAAAAGUUGCUAAGCACAGUAUUAAUUGCUUACCAGAUUAGGGUAAAUGGCUACAAUACCAUGUGUAACAGGAUACCAUUUUUGGACUGGAAUUCUGCGCAUUUCUGCUAAGCAGAAAACUGUGAAAUUGGGUCAUUGUCUGAUACAUGUAUGACAGGCUAGAGGAGUUGAGGCAUGUUACAUUAUUUUCUCAAAGUGUGAAACAUGAAAUGGUUUUUAAAAAUUGGAAAGUUUAGAAACAUAGAGGCUUUGAUAUACAGUGUUUUUAAUUACUAUGCAGUUUUAUCGUGCCAUAAUCUCUUUUAGAGUAGAUAUUUGAAUAAUGUGUAGUAGCAUCGAUGUGUAGUACAUUGAAAGAUGCUCAAAUAUUUUGUGUGUGUAACAGACCUGGAAUUUCGUCUUUGAGAGGGCAAGGCCAUUUUCAUUUUGCAAAGGGGAACUCCCUUUGGGAAAUCUUAUAGUCUAUGAGAAGCUUUUGAAGGGGCACCAAGUCCAAGAUCAGGGGCAACAGGCCAUUGCCUCUGUAUGAUUCCAGGCCUGGUGAAAAUGGUCUACUGGUUCAUGUAUCAAAAUGUCAGUGCAAUUCUGUUUCUUCUUUUUGUUUUUUUAAUUUUAUUUUUUAGGUGGGCAUUUUGUGAAAGCAAAGAGAAUAAAUGGGAGAGGUGUACAUGUAUAUAUAACAGUUUUUUUUAUAUAAAAAUAUAAACUAAGUAUUUGUUAUAGGAGAGAAUGCUUUGUCACUGCAGAUGCGUUUUUUUUAUUUAUAAACACUGUUGCAUGUGAUUUUGAUGUGCAUUGUCAAAAGAUGUAGUUUUCAAGUGUUUGAGACAGCAUUGUGUAACUUGGAGCUGUGUAAUAAGCUUUGAAAACUUGCGAUUAGAAGCAAUUUUGUGUCCAAAAAACAUGCAUGGGCGAACACAGGGUGCCGGACUAGUCUGCACUUUGGGUUGUGCUUCAUUUUUGACUGAAAUCAGCAACUAUGUGACCGAAGAUUACUGUUCCCUCUAUGUCACAACUAUGUCAAUAUAUGGCUCUGACUUGGAGACUGCUGUGUGCUUCAUGUUUUUAACACACAUUGUGCCUGUGAGGGUCGUAUGGGUUUGUACAAGUGUACAAAUUCAGAGACUUUAUGAUUGAAAUUAUUGGUUCUCCUCAGAGAUCCUUAGAGGCAACCUGGUUCCAAUUGGUGUAUGAUCUUGCCGCGCAAUUUUCUUUUCAGUCCGAGAAUGCGUGGCUCGAUCGUAACCCCCUUUAAGUGUGACCUAAAAGUAUAAAAAUAUAUGGGAUAUUUAAAUUAGUCAUGUGGUUACGCGCCUCCAUUCUGCGUUGGCAUUAAUCACGCUCAGGCUGGAUGUUCUGUGUGGAAAGUUGUAGGAAACUUGAGGUCAGUGUUGCGUGACAAAAAAAGUGAACACUAACAUCUUUAUAUCUGUUUGCCUUGCGACAAAAAGAACUUUUUGAAAACUUUAGCGUCUCAGAUUGUACGCGUAUAUGAUAGCCAAUUCACGACACAGAUCAGAGUUUUUCUUCCAGGGGUUAGAGACGUACGCAGAGUUUGCGGAUGAUACGGCGUGCUGCCUAUGGUAGCUAGGAUGCCUUUGAGGACAGUGAUGCGUUAAACAUUCUACCUCCAUGAUUGUACCUUUGAUAAAAUCAAUGGUGGUUGCCAAAAGGCCAACAACAGUGUGGCCAAUAGAGGGCGCAAUAGAUAACCAACACACACAGAUCUUUGUCAUUUGGUUGGCAAAUGUGCAUCACCUAACCUUAAUUUUAUGUAUACUGCCGUGUAUAAAAUCAGGGUGAAAACUGCGUUUGAUGGAUCUAGGGUAUAUAUAAAAGAGGGUGUCAAAACUCAGAAUGCUUAAAAAUAUUGGCACAUCCUCGCGGGGAUGUUAAGACCAGACAUUCCAAAACAAAAGGAGCGAGUGUCGGCAGAAACAAAAGGCAAGCUGCAUGUCCUACUUUGGGACACCUGACAUUACUAAGGUAAAACUACUGCCUGCUCCGGUUAAAUCGUUUGGAUACUUUUUGUACAACACAAAACACAAAAGUCCAACAGUAGAAAGUAUCUCUUAAAAUAUUACUUGUCGAG